CGUAAACAGAUAAGAAGGUGACUCGUUGUACAUACCCCAGUCGUACUCGGCUAUUAUUGUGCUCUCGGAAAGCCCAACUUUCUACAACGCAAUUGAGAGACACAACGAAGAUGUCUAGCGUUAGGAAUAGUUUACUUGUAAUACUCUGUGUGAUAUGUUAUGCAACGGCGCUUCCCAAAGAAACCGUGACAGCACCGACGUUCAGUAAAACGUACACGGUGAAAGGAACAUUGUAUAUACCGUAUGCGGAAAUUCGAGAGCCUUUUUACGCGUGGUACGAUGGCACCAGUGGAUCUAGUAGAAUCGAUUAUUAUGGAGGGAUGGUUAAGACCCUCCAAUUGGCUCACAAGGGACAAUAUGGAGCCAGUAUCAAGUUAGCGCCUGUUACCACAGAGACUGUUGACAAUGCAGAAACAUGUCUGCAAGUGAAUGGCACUGAAGAUUUGAAAGUACAGCCGCAGUCUAUUAUUCCAGAUGCGUCUGAAAUGGAGUGUAUCGGGGAAGAGAUGAUCAAUGGAUUAUUGUGCGAAAAGUGGCGACUUGUACAGGAAAUUGGGGAGAAAACAAAUAAAUACACACUCUGGAUACGCUAUAAAAAGUCGCCAUAUCUAUCAAAAGUCAAGGAGCCUAUUCCCGUGAGGUAUGAAAUGAGAGGAUUCAAUAGUCUUUUAGGUUCACAUUACGAUCAUUAUUACCUGGAAUACGAUUGGUAUUCCUUUGACAAACCUUCGGACGAUGUCUUCAAAAUCAUUGAAGAUGCCAAGUGUGUUAGCUUCCCAGGGCCAGGUGAAAAUCACGUAUACACCUUUAAUCCAAUGCGUGAAUUCAUUCAUAAUUAUGAAGAUCAUUUGCAUCAAGCAUUUGACAGAUUCAAAAAGACUCACAAUAAAAAUUACAAGAAUGACAUGGAUCACAUGUAUCGCAAAGACCUAUUUAGACAAAACAUAAGAUUUAUUCACUCUACCAACCGUGCCAAUUUGGGUUAUCAGUUAGAUGUUAAUCAUUUGGUGGAUCGUAACGAUCUCGAAUUGAAGGCUUUACGAGGUAAACAAUAUACUCCAGGUUACAAUGGCGGAGCACAAUUCCCGCAUGAUGUCGCAAGGGAAAUCGCAGACGUUCCCGACAGUUUAGAUUGGAGGCUGUAUGGCGCUGUAACGCCAGUCAAAGAUCAGUCCGUUUGCGGCUCUUGUUGGAGUUUUGGUACUACUGGUGCGGUAGAAGGUGCAUAUUACAUGAAGUAUAACAAGUUAGUACGUCUGUCUCAACAGGCACUGAUCGAUUGUUCAUGGGGAUUUGGUAAUAAUGGAUGUGAUGGCGGAGAGGAUUUCCGUUCAUAUCAGUGGAUAAUGAAACAUGGUGGCUUACCUACUGAAGAAGAUUAUGGUGGUUAUUUGGGACAGGAUGGAUACUGUCAUGUAACCAACGUAACGUUAACAGCCAAGAUCACCGGUUUCGUUAACGUCACUCCACGCAAUGUGAAAGCUUUGAAAAUCGCCAUUGCUAAGCACGGUCCUAUUUCUGUCGCUAUCGAUGCCUCCCACAAGACAUUCUCUUUUUACUCUCACGGAGUGUAUUACGAUCCAGCUUGUGGUAAUACCGAAGAUAAAUUAGAUCAUGCUGUUUUGGCUGUCGGAUAUGGCAAUAUGAAUGGAAAAGAUUAUUGGCUGGUAAAGAAUUCUUGGUCGAAUUACUGGGGCAACGAUGGAUAUAUUCUAAUGGCUCAGAAGGAUGAUAAUUGUGGAGUUCUUCUUGCUCCCACAUACGUUACUAUGUAAGUGUAGGCCUAUUUCUAAAAAUUGGUCGCAUUACUUAAGAUAUUGGUCGCUCUCUAAUCUUUCCAAUAAAUAGAUACAUAUUAAAAUACAUUUUAAAAAAUUGAGAGGCUGUAUAAAAUAUAUUUAGUUGUCUAUACUUCUUAUGAACAAAUUGUCUAUACUUCUUAUGAACAAAUUGUAAUAAGUUGUUGAAAAUUAUAUUUACUAU